AUGAUGGAUGCCUCUCUUAUUUAUCUCGUCGUCGUUUGCAGUGUGUACGCCACGGCUGGCCUCGGCGUGCUCGCAUACAUCGGCUGUCGUUGGAUCGCUAAGGCAGCCAGGAGCUUCUCCGCACACUUUCGCCAUGCCCCGCUCACACGGCGUGGCCUGUGGCGAGCCAUUGCCCGUGCCGAAGCGCUCGUCCUUCUCCUGUAUACUGCAGUCAACGGCUGGGCCCUCGGCUUUUCUGUCCACGACAUCACGAAGCUGGAAGAGAGGGCCGCCACCGUCGCCUCGGUCAAUUUUCUGAUCACGUUUCUCGGAGGAAGAACGAAUCCUUUUACCGAUUUUUUUCAAGUAUCCCUGCGGACGCACUACCUCGUCCACCACUGGGCCGGCCGUAUCGGUUGCUUGGAAGCCAUCCUCCACGGAGCGCUGGCUGGCGCUGCUCUGAUUGCCAUUUUUCUGUCCUCCCUGUGGUUUACCAGGGCGUGGCAGGGCCGCUGGUUUGGUCGUAUUCAUGUGGUCCUGUACGUCGCGGCGAUGGGAGGUCUGGCAUACCACGCGUACCUUCUGGCGACCGUGCCCUUCAAGAUCGUCGUCUUUGGCUCGUGGGGUGUUUGGACCCUGUCGCAUCUUGUGAUCAUCGUUCGAAAAUGGACCCGUGCCCGAGUUACGGGCGUGCCCGGCGGCGACGGUGCGGCUGUUCAAUUCGCGGUCAUGGCAACGCACCCAGUCCGCGUGUUUCCGGGCUGCUACUUUUACGUUUAUUUUCCGAGGCGCCCAUGGUACAGCUUCUUCCACGGGCGGAGACUGAUGCUCCUUGCGUUCGAUGCGUCGCUGUCCAUGAAAACAAGCGACCUGUCCUUUCUGACGCUACGGCACGACGGAACGAGCGCCUUGCGAGACGCCAGUCGAAUCCUCCUGAACGGGCCGUACGGGCUCGACAUUGCGCUCCACGAGUAUGAAACGGUGUUUCUUGUGGCCAAGGGCAUGGGAAUCGCCGGCGUCCUGUCCCACGCGCUCUACAUUGCUCGCCGCAAGCGCCACGAUGACAGUGUCAGGGACGAAGCCUCUCGUCUAUGGGACUCGGACGAGUUUGUGUUUCGGGAUGCCACACGCCGACUGAUUCUCGUCUGGUUCCUCGAGCACAAUAGCCAAGACGUCUGGGUCGCCGACCAGCUCAAACUACUUCAAGAGAUGGACAAAGACAAUGGCCUUGCUGACGGCACAGUGUGCGGCGACACGGGGUUUGUGGACAACAUUCGCACAAGCGUUCUCGAGAACACGACGGCGGAAAGGGACAUUACGUUUGUCGAGGCGGAAUUCAGGCCGCAGGGGUCCGAGUAUGUGAACCAUAGAAUGAAUGUCGCCGCGUAG